UCCUCCAUGGUUUAAUCGGGCCAUUUCUCUAAACGGAAAAGUCACACAUAAGUUUCUCACAUCGCACAAAAUACCGUACUGUGUGUUUGACUUACUUGUUCCCCAAAAAAAUAAAAGAAAAAUACUCUCAACCCCCAAAAGCUCUCUCCUUUUCCAUAAGCUUUGUGUGUGAGUGGAAAUGGAUUGCAGAGCCGUAAAUCGCAAUUCGAUAUAGAAAAAAAACUCCCGAAAACACCCCUAAAAAUCUCACCAGCCUCCGAGAAAGAAAGAAAAAAAUAGUGGUGCUGGGGGUGAGAGAGCAGCACUCAACCACCGUUGAAUCAAUUGAUUGAACAUUGUAGGAAAAUCUCAUCAAUUUCCGGAUUUCAUUCCAAAAGGGGGAUUGACUGUGUGUAGUAUUGACGGGGGGAAAAUUGCCAAAAGAGCAUCCCCCUAAAUCUCCUUCUGCAAGACAUUCACAACAAUUGUUCUCAGUGGAUUUCUUACAACACCCCAUCAUACCAACGGUGUGUGUGUGUUAUUUAGGUGAAAAGAAUUUCGUGGGGGGAUGCUUGUGAAUAAAAUAUUAUUCACAUGAUCCUGACACUUGCGUCGAAUGAGUGAUGGAUGGCAAGUGCGGAGAUGACACACAUUUCAAAAAUCAACUGUACGAUAAAUAAAUCUUCCCUAGAGUAAAACUCUGCCGGCUGAUGCUUUUAUUUCUUCCACCAUCAUCACCGCCAUACCCUUUGCACCCCCGCAGUCUGUGUCACAUCGAGAUAUCAAGUUUUUCCACCAAGUGAACCUCAAGUGGUGAAUGAAUUUUCCAUAUCGGUGAGCUGUGAAAGGGGGAGUAAAAAAAAGGUGGUAUAGGAGUUUGAGGUGCAAACCACAUUUAAAAAUUUGGUUGGUGUAAAAAAAAACCCCGGGGGGUGGUGCAAUAAGAGGCAAUUAAAUAUACAUAAAUAGCUACAUAGAGAGAGUGAUAAUGUGGUUGAUGAUUUAUGCAAACGCAUUUCGUGCGUUGAAAUAAAAUUCGGUGAUUUGUGGACGUGUCAUCAAUGAGUAACAUCAUAAUUAAAACAUAAAUUAUAUUCACAUUCUUCUACAUAAUAAUAAUAAUAACUCUAAUAAUAGCGAUAGAAAACACUAUAAUAUAUAUGGCUAUACUAUCCCCAAUUCAGUAAUGACACAAAUAUUCGAUUGAAUUAAUUGGUGAAUACAAACACAUGCGUCCCAUUAUUGGAUAACACUCCCACACUCUACGACGAAGAAGAAAAGAGCAGCACAAAAUCACUAUAAGGAAUAACCUCCUCAACCGAGAUACACGAUAUCUCUGAAUGGAUUUUCGAUUUCAAUUGAUAAGAUAAAGGGAAAAUGAAUAAUAGACCACCUCCAGCAUUUGUUGGCUCACCACCAAGCCCCCGGAGUCCCUCGCUAUGCUUCCCAUCGCCGAAGCAGCAAAAAUCAUCGGAAAAGUCAGGGCUCUGUGGUAGAUCCUCGAAGAGGAGAUCACCAAUGUUGGCAGCUAUUGGUGCUUUAAUUCUCGUAUUGGCAUACACGACUUUUGGUUCAGUUUUAUUUGUAACAUUGGAAACAUAUGAUUCUGGAAAUUCAGAGGAAACAGCUGUUGCAGCAUCCAAACCAUAUCCAAGAACUGAAUUGGUAAAUUCAGAAAUUCGCUCCAGAACUGUGGAUCGAUUGUGGUCGAUAACGGAGGACUUAAAUAUUUUGUAUAAAGAAAAUUGGACAAGACUAGCUGCUCAAGAAGUUCAGCACUUUCAGGAUACACUAUUGAGAGCAGUACAGUCCUCAAAGUUGCAACAACCUGGACUUCAGCCAGUGAUAAAGGCUUAUAGGUGGGAUUACGCUUCCGGCUUCUUAUACUCCCUGGCCUUAAUCACAACAGUUGGAUACGGUGGGGUAUCACCACGUAGCCAAUGGGGCCGGAUAGCUGCCUUAAUUUACGCCCUCUUUGGCAUCCCACUAAUGCUACUCUACCUCUCGGCAAUGGGUGAGGGUCUAUCCAGUGUGAUGCGAUGUAUCUUCCGUCGAUUUCGUUCCCCAUCCACAUCAGCGAGUAGUUCGGGUACGAAUAGCGCUAGCAGCAGUACAAGUGGGACCGGUGGUAAAGGACUCCCGUCCCUUGACACUGAAAAACGACCGCACACCUUCCACAAUGGUAGUACGUUCAAGAGUCACAAUCAUCACCAUAGCACCUCCUAUACAUCACCAACAGUGCCAAUAUCAGUUUGCAUCAUGAUACUUAUUUGCUACAUAAGCCUGGGUGCUGUUCUCUUCCAUAAGAUUCAGCAGUGGGGUGUACUGGAGAGCCUCUACUUCUGCUUCGCGUCUCUCAGCACAAUUGGCUUUGGGGACCUAUCGCCGCAGAGUCACUUGGCACAGUACAUAGCUUCUGGCUAUAUUCUCGUGGGGAUGGCCGUUGUGGCCAUGUGCUUCAGCCUCAUACAGAGUGAGCUUAUAGCGUGGCUACGGAAAUUUGGCGUACAAGAUCAGAUACCGUCGCCAAUUAAUGAGGAGGUUGCCCUCGUAACGGUGGCAAUGACACCAAAAUCCUGACAGAGGCAACACGAUCUCCUUGCCAAUAGCUACAGCUCCCUACCGAGACGUUCGAGUAAUUCCUUCCAGAGGAAUACACCCGUACGCCGAUCGACGGGCGUCAUGGAGAAUCACGUGGAGUACUUUGUGCCACGUAGUAUAAGUGAAUUUAAUCUUUCAGGGGUGGGUGACUUAGCACUACCACCGCCCAAGAGAUCACCCGUCUCACACAUACAACCAACCACUACACUCCUUCCACCCCCACCGGCGAGUCUCCUUGUGAAGCCACGGGAGAAAAUGGUGACGUUCGAAGAUGAAUCCAAGUGCCCCCACGGUGUGCCCACGACCCCACGAAAGGGUCCCAUUAUGGGUGAUGUGUUCAUGUGACGAGAGGGUGGAUGAGACGAACCGAUGCAGUACCCAGGGGAUGUCAUAAAGGUUUGAAGAUGUGGCCUCCAC